AUGGUAAAUUGUCUUGUCAAAUCCUUCUGGCAUUCCGAGUCCUUCCUUCUGGCAUUCCGAGUCCUUCCUUCUGGCAUUCCGAGUCCUUCCUUCUGGCAUUCCGAGUCCUUCCUUCUGGCAUUCCGAGUCCUUCCUUCCGACAAGAAAAAAAUUUCCCGACAACUGGAAAAAAAUUUCCUGUUGUUCGUCCGUAAACCCUUCAAAUUUUCGAAAAUUGAGAACUUUUUGGUCGAACUUCAGAAAAAGUUUUUCCUUCCAACAGGAAAAAAUUUUCCUUCCAACAGGAAGAACUCUUCCUUCCGACAGGAAAAUAUUUUCCUUCCGACAGGACACAAACGGAUGAGUGACGUACCACCAACCGAGUCCAUUCCAAAGCCAGAAGAACCGACAGCCCCAGCACCACAACAGACUAAGACUAAAACUCUUUAUUUUUUACGCUUGACUUUUUACAAUUUGAACUUUGUUUGCGUAGAUAUGAAUUCUGAAAGAAGUAUGAGGGUCUUGUAUGACUUUGUACUUCUCCCAUAG